AUGACAGUUACAAAGCAAUCCCACAUUUUUCAAGGUACUGUUGCAGCCAGAGUUCCUCUGGUAGUUAGCGGUGAUGGUAUCUACAUUACCGUUGAAGAUCCCGAAACUGGAGAAAGAACCCAACUUUUAGAUGCUAUGACUGGUGCUGCCGUUGGUGCUUUGGGGUGGGGGGACCCUGAAGUGCACAAGAUUAUGGCCGAAGCCGCUAAAGAAACCCAAUACUCUUAUCCUGCGUAUCUUGGAAACGACUAUGCCGAAGACUUGGCUGAGUUUUAUAUCAAUAAUUCUCCCUCGGGUGCGUUUGCUUCUGCUCUCUGGACUGGUUCUGGAUCAGAAGCAAAUGAAAAUGCUCUCAAGAUUAUUCGGCAAUAUUUCUUGGAGAGAAAUAUGCCCAAGAAGACCAAAUUUGUUUCGAGAAACAGCUCUUAUCAUGGAUACACAAUUGGUUCCUUGUCAAUUGGAAGUUCAGCACGAGCCAAGAUGUUUGAGGACAUUCUCUUGCCUUCUUCUCAGUGUAUCAAGGUUGACCCAUGCUACACUUAUCGAAACAAGCUCGAAGGUGAAACCGAUGAGGAAUAUGGAACCAGAUUAAUUGACCAGUUUGAACAGGUCAUUUUGCGUGAAGGUGCCGAUACGGUGGCAGCGAUUAUUGUCGAGACUCUUCCUGGCUCUUCAUUAGGAACCACACCUCCCCCAAAAAAUUAUCUACCAGGAAUUAGGGCAUUGUGCAACAAAUACGACGUUGUAUUCAUGUUGGAUGAGGUGAUGUGUGGAACUGGUCGCGCCAAUCCCAAUGGAGGAUUGAACUGCUGGGAAAACUGGUUGGGCGAAGGUGAAGGCCCCGAUAUCCAGCUGGUGGGCAAAACUUUGGGUUCGGGAUAUGUGACCAUUGCCGGGGUUCUUGUGAGCCCAAAGAUCCAUGCUGCUUAUGUAAAUGGAUCAGGCACAAUCAUGGGAGCCCAUACUUAUUCUGGGCAUGCUUUCAACUGCCGAGUUGCUCUUAAGAUCCAAGAGAGAGUCAAAGAGUUGAAGUUGACGGAAAACAUUUUCAAAGUUGGUAAUUAUUUGGGCAAACAACUCAAAGAAAAGUUAUCGUCCAGUUCAAUAGUGGGCAAUGUUCGUGGUAUUGGAGGGUUUUGGUCUGCUGAACUUGUCAAAGACAAGGUGACCAAAGAAUGUUUUGACGUUGAUUUGAAGGUGGGACCCAAUCUUCAAAAAAUUUGUUUUUCAAAUGGUGUCACUGUGAUGGGAAUGCAAGGUUGCAAUAAGGGAGUCGGAGACCAUAUCAUGUUUGCCCCAGCAUUUACCCUCACUCACGACCAAGCCGACGAGAUUGUGGAGAUUGUUGUCAAGUCGGUGGCUCAACUUGAGCAAAGUCUUGAUAUUAUAUAA